AUGGCAACUCAACAAAAAGAAUUUAUUAUCUUUAAUAAUUCAACAGCAAAAAGAAAGUUAUAUACGAGUUUAAAUAAUGAACUCGCGAGAUUGCAACAAAAUAUUAUGAUUAUGGAACAAACUCUUGAGGUUACCGUCGACCAACUUGAGAAUAUUGGAAAUUUUGGAAUGUCGCAUGGUGCCUUAUUUAUGGCUGCAAAUCGUGUUUUACGUAAUAAGAUUCCUGAAAAUAGGUCGUAA